CACCAUAAUUAUUGAGGAUGCCGGGUCUCUGACAAGGUGGUUCUAUAUUGUAGUUGUGCACGCUGAAUGGGCAAGGUUCUUUGAAGAUGGCAGACCAAGUUGUGUGGCUGGUUGGUGCUGGAGUUCACGCUGCAGAGUAUGCUAAAGUUUUGAAGAAUCUAAAUGUGAAGUUUGAAGUCAUCGGCAGAGGAGCAGAGAGUGCUGCUAAGUUUGAAACUAAUACAGGCCACCCGGUGCAUCUCGGAGGACUUGAUAACUUUCUCAGUGCUAAUCUACUGCCAGUGGAUAACCAGAGUGUUGUUGCUAUAGUAACUGUAACAAUUCCUAACCUUGCAACGUGUACUCUUCAGUUGAUAAAGCAUGGAGUAAAUACAAUACUUCUAGAGAAACCAGGAGGUCGUGAUAGUGGAGAACUUGUGGAAAUUGUGAGAGCAGUGGAGGAGGCCGAAAAAACGGGAAGACGAAUGAGAGUGCGUUUGGCAUACAACCGUAGAUUUUAUGCAUCUGUUCGUAAAGCACAAGAGUUAGCAAAUGAAGAUGGUGGAAUUACAUCGUUCAUCUUUGAAUUUACGGAAUGGUCACACAUUAUAGCAAAUCUACCACAUCCUGAAUCAG